GUACGUUGUUCUGUUGCUAUGAUGGUACGAUUCAAAUGAUCCCAAUAAUUCCGAGGAACCUGCCAGCAUCUCGACGCGUCGCAUCGCUGCCAAUUCUGAUCAGGCGCGGCUGCAUUCAGCUCUCAGGUUGAUCGAUUGAGGUCAUCCCGACGCCACACCUAUUUGGCUUCUCUUAAAUCGCGCGGUUAACGCACUAGCGACGAAAGGCUGAACGGACAGGCUAGCCCAACAGCGGGCCGCUACUGAUUCGCAUUAAUUGGGUUGGUGGUUGAUCACUGAUUGUAAUCCUCCCGGUAGCGGCCGCCAAGUAGUCACCCAGUUCAUAGCCGCAACCCUCGGGUCGCUUUGUGCUGCAGUCUCUUUGCCUCCGUAUGUGAGCCGCACUGCUCGCUCUGUCGCAGUGGGCAUGGACUUGGAGGCCCGUAUGGUUAGGGGUACUGUGGACUGCGGUGGGCGUCGUGAGAGCGGCAGAUGGUCUUCACGGCAGGGUGUUACCGCGGUAAAGAGGAGAGGGUCAGUGAGGAUGGGCGGCGUCGAGGAGGGUGUUUCAUGUCCCGGUAAAUCGUUUGUCGGGAGAGAGAGUGCAAUACUUGCACGGCACUCUUCAUCAAUCAAGUCGAGCAUCGCGACCCAUUGUGAGCGCAUCCGGCCCGCUACUUCUUCAAUAUUCCAGGUCGAUGGGAGCGCCUCGAACGUUGACGCCCGCAGAACCUUCUCACCACUGACGUCGCGACGAGUUGGCUAUACUGAUGCUAAGACGAGACACUUGUUCAAGCAAUAUGUUCGCGCGGAUGAGCCAUGUCGAUGGAUAAAUGACGAACGUGCGAGCAAGCUUCGCCGCGUGGAAAGACCAGUACGCAUAAGGAUACAUCGGAUCUGUCACCUUUGUCAAGGCCGCUUCGACAGCGGCAAGGCAUGCCUCAAGUGCAAACAUGUGCGCUGUGCAGACUGCAAGAAGACGCCGUCUCAUCGUGUGCCCGCGACCUUGGACGUGGCCAAGCAUGAGAAGCCGCGAGAGGAUCAGCACCUUCAGGCGCAGGUCUCUACAGAUCUUUCUGUGACUCCAAAGGACUCAACAAACCCCGCCAUAGCUCUUGCCGACAACUCGCAGGACGAUGUCGACACGCCGUCGGAUGCAGAAACUGGUCUUCAACCCGACGAUGGAAGCAUUUUUUAUCAAUUGACUAACUACGACACCCGUUCUCGAUCGCCUACCCGCGCCAAGCGCAACAUCUUCGACCGCCUUCCACCCAGCUUAUGUCCCUCUCAACCGACGGCAGGGAAGCCGCCUGACCGGAGUCCAGAGAACCCCAUUAGCCUUACAUCAACGGCGCAACGUGUCUAUCGCAAGCCUCGACAGAGGGUGCGAUACUCUUGCGAUCAAUGUCAGGCUGCACUUGUCGGUGAUGCACAGGCAUGUCAGGCCUGCGGUCAUGCUAGAUGUAGCGACUGCGUGCGGAACCCCUUUAAGAAGAGCAUUGCGACUCCGGAAGCAAGCGUCCUUCCAAUUGUCUCCGAGCGCACAUUGCAGUCUGCGGAAUAACCUGGAUAGGCCAUGCAUGCGGUCGAUCUAAAAGUUGGCCAACUACAAUAAGACGGAGCGGAAUGUAAUUCUUACGCACUAACGCAAAUGGAAUGGCAUAAACAGACAUGCCCAGCAAAACCAUAUGGCACCUCAUAAUGCGCGAUGUAAAAGAUGACGGACAGUCCACGGUCUGCUCGCUCCGAAUCUCGCAAGCUUCUCAUCGUUCAUUAAUGGCUGUCGUUGUC